AGUUCGUGUCCGAAAAAUACUAUAAAAGGAAAGUGCGAUUCAAACGGAAGCGUUAUUCGACCCGAGAUAAUUUUUGAAUCGUUCAUGUUCCCUUCGCAACUCCAACGACGUUGACUGAAGAAAUUCAGCCCAUAAUACUUUAUCGAAACACCGCGAUGUGCGCCACGAAAUUACCGAGGAUAAUGGAUCUGGACACGGCGUACAUCGAACCCUUGAUCAAAGAAUGGCUGCAACACGUGCACGAGGACAAUGCAAGGCAGGAGCAAAUUUUUGCGGAAGGAAGCGAAUUUUUCAUCCCGUUCAUAGCUGUUCCUGUACCGGUGAUAAAAGCAAUAUUUGUAAUAACCGACCACCUUGGUCUGGGACCUAACACCAGAUACUUGACGGUUCAUCUCUUCGAUAGAUUCAUGUCAAACCAGUUUUGCGAGUUGUACGUCGCCGAAAUGGUAUCAAAUCCGGGUGAGGUCGCUUGGCCACAGAUAUGCAAAAUUAUUUCCAGUGAAGCAAAAUUGAGGCUUAUGUCUUGCAUGCAACUGGCAAGCAAGAUGGAUUCGCAUACCAAAGGUCUAAGCAUUUCACAGGUAGUGCGUGGGCUGCAAUGGUUAGACGACAAGUCUGAGUACACUACAAAUAGCAUAUAUUGUUCAGAAUUCCGUGUAUACAAAGCUCUAGACUUUAAAAUACCAUUAUUCACACCGUUACACUGUGUUGAAAUACUUCUUGCUGCGACGAAGCUCGGACAGAUGCCUAAAAUAUAUGAUGCAUGUGUUAAUUUGCUGGAUUUAGCAUAUUUGGAGCAUGAAAGGCUAUAUUCAUGCCUUGUAUUUUUGAUGAAGCAAAGGUUUCCAGAGUUUCAAAUUGACCCAGGGUACAUCAUGGCCCUUGAAAGUAAUGUUCUUUAUUUAGCAGCUGGGGUUGUUCUUUGUGCCACGUUUAUUCUCGCUGUAGAACACUGUGAGACUGAACGUUUAGUUCAGAUGCUCUCCAAUCAAGUUGGGAUAAGAGUCACUAAUAUUUGGGAAAUGGCCAAGUUACUCUUCACCAUAGCGUUGCAGGAAGAUACUCCAGAACAAUAAAUAAUGUAUAAUUCCAGUCAUCUGGUAUCACAUAAUGAUUCAUAUCUGUAGCUAAGAAUCAUAUUUUUUUUAAUGCGUAUAGUACUUUGUUUUCACAAAUUUCACACCGCUACAGCUAUUCUCUACAAGUUGUCCAUUUGGUUUUGUGUUGUUCAUUAAAGUGAAAUAAACUUCUCACAAUCAGUGAAGAGGAAAAAAAAAAUUAUUUAGUUCGACACAA